AUGCCUCCAACACCAGCCGAAAACCAAGCCCUACAGAGAAGUACCUUCCAAACAACCAUCUACCUCUCAGAGCCCUACACCGGAAGCAAUCUAAUCCCCGCCUCGAACACAGACAGAACCAAGACCGCAACGCUAACCCCACUAACGGUGCACAGAGACCGGUCUACUACUACCCACCAGCACCAGCUCCUGCCACUGAGCACGCACCCGGCCCUGAACAGACUCUACGUCCCCAGCAAGCCUUCCUCUGAUGCAAACAAAGAGACUACAAACAACAGCGACAGCACCCCAGCAUCGAGGUACAGCAACCAGAUAAACAAGAGCAAGAGCAAGAAAGGACCCGCCGAGUCCACGAAAUGGGUAGGCAUGGCCCUCACCCCCGGGCAGCGGUGGCUCACUGCAGAAGACUUUAUCGAGGCGCUGGAUCAGUCGAUUGAGACGCUGGGGCAGAGUUUCAUGAUAGAUCGGCCGGAGCAGAGCCCCGUGCCCUGUGCAUUUCUGAUGGAGAUUCGGGGCGUGUUUCGGGAUCGGUUGGAUGUGCUGGCUUCGGCUCAGAGGCAUGUUGAUUUGUUGGAGCAGCUGAUUCGGAGUGAGGUUAUUGUUCUGGGGGAUGGGGUGCUGUUGAGUUGA